AAUGACGUCACUGGAAUUUCAAGAUGGCUUCGGAUCACGGUCAGGAUACGGUCAGCUGCCGGUCUGAGACGGGAAAGCGUUGAUGUUUUAACGGCCAUGUCUGUUAACUCACGAUAUUUGCGUACUCUUAAUAUUUACCCUGUUAAAAUGUUGGAGGACGGUCUGAAUAGGUGUCAUGAUGAAAAGAAGAGCGGAGUACAACACUGAACUGCAGCGCUUCGGCUGUCAAACCACAAGAGGAUUUUGAACGAGAUGGGAAAGACUGAGGAUGAGCCUGAACAUACAUGUUUCCAUCAUAUGAGAGAUAGCAACAGUCUUCACUGGAUAAUUUAAAAGAGGAAUACAGUAGAGGUCAUUUGUGCCGCUCUCAGGAAUUGGGCUGCGGCCGAUGGGUUAUCCUCCCAGUGGGGUCCAGAAGAGCAGUGUCAUCUCCGAGCAUUGUGGGCAUUCUGUAGUUUCACCUGUGAAGCUGAUGGUGGAGUCAUCUUCCUCUGGAGGCAGGGGUGCCGAGGAAGGCAUACCACCUCCACGCAUCGCAGAUGUUAUAGACAGGCAGGAGAGCAUAAUGCAAGGCAUGUUCUCCCAUACUGGAACAUCGCAGGGAGAGAAAGGCCAAUUGCAGAGCAUCCAGGACCACGAGGUUCCAGAGUCAUGUGAUAAGACCAAUACCCAGCCAUGUGGCACUAAGCUCCCAAAUGGACAUGGAGGCCACAGUGCACAUAAAUUGACUGAGUGGGACAAUCCUAACUCAUCUCUUCCUGCAGGAAGCUACUUGAAUUCAGAGGGUGAUCAUGUGAUUGCAAAUGGAGAGCUCUCAGCAGGCUCUAGAGGUGGUGCUUUGGAUGCUAUUUCUUCUGUGCUACCACCCCAAGAUGCAGCUGUAGACAGAACCACCAGCUCGGAAGACUGUUUAAAUGCCCAAAAUGCAGUGUUUAAUGACACCAGAAGUUGUUCUGAAGGCGACCCAUCUUUGGAUAGGAACUCUUCAGCCAGUCCGUCAACUCCGAAACACUCUCUCAGGACGUUUUCCUCUAGCACUUUCCUCAACACUGACUCUGCUCGUCUCAGUCCGGAUGAUGACGAGACCUUUUCCACAUCAGAUAGACCUGAUGACUCGAUCUUCACGGACGUGAGUCUGAAACCCAGGAACACUUAUGAGAUCAGUCGGCGUCAGAGCGCUCCAGACAACAUCCCUGGUGUGUUAAGUGUUGCUGUCGCAGAUCUGACUCUCAGUCAAAGGAAACACGGCAUCUCUGAGAUCUUCAACAGAAGUCUGUUCUCCAGAAAGCAGAGGGAGGCCCAGAGUGCAGCAGGAUGGAAACUGUUUGGAAAGGUCCCACUGAGAGAGAGUCCUCCCAAAGACUCCAAAACCAUUCAGCAGGAAAGUAACCCAGGCAAUCUCACAUCUGUAUCUACACCCAAUCUCUUAAGUUCAGGGGAGUACGAGGCCAGGGCGUCUAAAUCGGACCAGAGUCCCUCCCUGCCCGCUCAGGGCCGACGGAAGAACCUGGAAUUCGAGCCACUCUCCACCACGGCGCUCAUUUUAGAGGAUCGUCCCGCGAGCCUCCCUGCUAAAUCGGAGGAGGAAGCGCAGCGCCACCGUCAGGAGUACGAUGAAAUGGUGGCAGAGGCCAAGAAAAGAGAGCUGAAGGAGGCUCAGAAGAAGAAAAAGCAGAUGAAGGAAAGAUUUAAACAGGAGGAAAGCAUCGCUAACGCCAUGGUGGUUUGGAACAACGAAAUCCUUCCCAACUGGGAGAGCAUGCGUGGUACGCGGCGUGUCAGGGAUCUGUGGUGGCAAGGUCUUCCGCCCAACGUGAGGGGGAAAGUCUGGAGUCUGGCCAUUGGGAAUGAGCUGAACAUAACCUCAGAUUUGUACGAGAUCUUUUUGUCGCGGGCCAAGGAGCGCUGGAAGAGCUUCAGAGAGACAGGCAGUGAGAUGGAGUCAGAUGCGGACAGUGCCGACCGUGAGUCCAGUCUGGAUCUGAUCAAACUGGACAUCUCACGCACAUUUCCUCCGCUCUUCAUCUUCCAGAAGGGUGGGCCAUACCAUGAUCUCCUGCAUAGCCUUCUGGGCGCAUACACCUGCUACAGACCUGACGUGGGAUAUGUUCAGGGAAUGUCCUUCAUAGCUGCUGUGUUGAUUCUCAACCUGGAGGAGGCCGACGCUUUCAUCGCCUUCGCCAAUCUCCUCAACAAACCCUGUCAGAUGGCUUUCUUCAGAGUGGACCACGAGCUGAUGCUGAAGUACUUUGCGGCAUUUGAGGUGUUUUUUGAGGAAAACCUCCCCAGACUUUUUAAUCACUUCAAGAGUUAUAACCUCACGCCUGACCUGUAUCUGAUAGACUGGAUCUUCACCCUCUACACUAAGUCCCUGCCGUUGGAUGUGGCGUGUCGGGUGUGGGACGUGUUCUGCAGAGACGGGGAGGAGUUCCUGUUCCGCACGGGGCUUGGGAUUCUGGGGCUCUAUGAGGACGUGCUCCUGCAGAUGGACUUCAUCCACAUCGCUCAGUUCCUGACCAGACUCCCGGAGGACACGCCGUCUGAACGCCUCUUGAGCUGCAUCGCCAACACUCAGAUGAUCAGCAGCAACAGGAAGUGGGCCCAGGUGUUUAAUGCCCUCAUAAAGGAUAAAGAAAUGGAAAAAAGCAGCAGUCCUACAGUGAAAAACUCUUGAACUCACACCAGUUUUAUAUUUCCAGUUGACUUCAACUCUCGAUUAGAAGAGGGGAUUGUAUAAAACAGGCUCAAAGAAAUGAAAUGAAGAAAAAGCUAAACUUGAUACCUUUGUAACCAUGCCAGUGUUACUGAAGUUACACAUUUGUAUGAAUUAAAAAUAUUUAAGCCUUUUAUGAGAAAAUAUUCCACCAGCUUAGUCAUGUACUGUACCAGAUACCAGCAUCAGGCUUUCUCUUAAUCUUCCUCCUUAUGGAGAGGACUGGUGCCGACAUACGUACUCAUCUUGUAUGCUGACGUUUAUUUGGAAGCAUAUUCAUUCAGAGCCUGUUUAAUGCACUUGAGAUUUUAAUAAUGGAAUAUCCAGGUUCUGUGAUUUUAAAUGUGAUUCUUUUAAGUGGUUUUGUUUUGUAGGACAAGACCUUAAUGAAGUGCAAUAGAAAUUGUAAAAAAUAAGUCCGAUGCAGUUAAUAAUGCAGGAAUAAUGCAUAUAGUGUGUUGAGGUGUUUGAAAGCAUUUUGUUGCUUCUUGCCGAAGAAUUAUUGAAUUUUUUGCGGUCCUAUUGUGCUACUUUAAUUUGUUCUUUUAAAACACUAAUAUAUAGCUUAAUUUUAAUGUUAGUAAGACAGUGAAGAAUGCAUUCAGAGAUUUUUGCAUUUUGCAAACUGACAUUUGCCAGUUAAAGAAUAAGAAUGUGUGGUGUAAUAAUACAAUUUGUGUAAUUUUUGUCUGUUUGAUUUUUGUUUGACCAAAAAAAUAUUUGACCAAAUGCAUUGUUUAUCAUGCAUUUUAACCUAAUAUCUGUAAAUAUUGGGUCUCGAAACAUUUUUCGAUUUGGUCAUGUUGCAUCUUGAUGAAAAAUGUAAAUUGUGUCAUUAAUUCUUGGUUUGUUUUCUACACAUUCCUGGUUUUAUUGUACAGUUUUCAUACUCCAGUGAAGAUAAAUUGUAAAUAGGUGAAACGUUUGACACCUCAAAAUUCAAAUGUGUAAAUAAAUCUAA